AGUAAAUGGGGGAUUAUUUUUUCUUACAGAACAAAUCCUGAUAGUGGAUGCCAAAGGCAGACUGGUCUACCACUGUCAACAUUGUAGUGAAGAAAUACAACAUAGACAAUCUUUCUUAAAGCAUAUAAAAACACAUGAAGGGAAAAUAUUCAAGUGUAAAGUAUGUGAUAGUACUUGGAAAAACUUGUGGAAUUUCACUGGACAUGUGUACUCACACACCACUGAUAGUCCUGAAUAUAUGUGUAACAUAUGUGGAAAGAUAAUUAAAGGAGCACAGUACAAAUUGACUGAACACAUUGCACGUUUACAUAGUGAUGAUAAAGAGAAACAGUUUAGCUGCUCUAAAUGCUCCAAGUCAUUCCAUAAAGAAGGGAGACUAGUAAGGCAUAUGCUGAUUCAUGCUGAGAAAACACAGGAGUGUUCAAUUUGUGGAGCAAUGUUUGCUUUAAAAGAAAAUCUAAAAUCUCACAUAGCCCUUGUUCAUAAUGGUAAAAAGUCUUAUAUCUGUGCAGCAUGUGGAGCUUGUUUUGGGUAUAAAAGGACAUUGCAAUCUCACUACUUAAGGAACCCUCAUUGUGCGGGCAAAGCUCUGGUGCAGUUGCCUGACUUUAACUGUAAGGUCUGUAACAAGUCCUUCUUCAGCAAGCAUGGUUUGGACCAUCAUGAAGCCAUGGUACAUAGUGAAACACCAGCACUUUUCAAAUGUGCUUUAACCCCAUGUACUAAAACAUUCAAAGUGGAAUCUGAUUUAAAGAAGCACAUACGAAGAGCCCAUAUUAAACCUCAUUUAUGUAGUAUAUGUGGCAAGUCAUUUGGUGAAAAGUCAGACUUGCUUCAUCAUACUAACAUACACACGGGUGAAAGGCCAUUCAAAUGUGACGUCUGUGAAAAAGGAUUUGCAAAUCAUGGGAGUUUAUUUAAACAUAAACAGUUGCAUACCAUCAGGGCAAAGUCGGACCCAUUUCAAUAUACUUGGCCAAUCAGCCCAUGAUACUGCGAGGAUUUGUUCUGUAUUAGGUUUUUGUGCUUGUUCCAAGGAAUUUUGUAUGGAUGAAACUCUAAAAGUUAUUUCUAUAUAUGUGUACUUGGUGAAUUAGCCCAUGUUAAUGUGGAAUUUACGCUGUAUUAAGACAGUGUACUUUUCUUUAAACUCUAAGGGAUAAAACCUAAGCCAAUUGUUGGUUUAAGUUUGGUUUUCCUCAUUAAGCUAUACUUUUUGCAAACAUAUACAAUGACAGUUAUAAAGAGUAAGCUGAGGCAUAUAUGAAUGUAUAUUUAAUAAAUUAAGUUAGGCUUCGAUACAUGAGGUGUCAUUACAUUUGGAAAAAACAUUCCCAUAAAAUAUAAAAU